AUGGGCGUGUUUGACCGCGGAGUUCAGAUGCUAUUGACCACUGUCGGUGCAUUCGCCGCCUUCAGUCUCAUGACCAUCGCGGUGGGCACGGACUACUGGCUCUACUCGCGCGGCGUGUGCAAAGUCAAAUCGGUCAGCGAGAAUGAGACCAGUAAGAAGAACGAGGAGGUGAUGACCCACUCUGGCUUGUGGAGGACGUGUUGCUUGGAAGGAAACUUUAAAGGAUUGUGUAAACAGAUAGAUCAUUUUCCAGAGGACACAGACUACGAAGCAGAUCCCUCAGAGUACUUCUUACGUGCGGUGCGAGCGUCCAGCAUCUUCCCCAUCCUCAGUGUCAUCCUGCUCUUCAUGGGUGGGCUGUGUAUAGCUGCCAGUGAGUUCUACAAGUCCCGCCACAACAUCAUCCUCAGCGCCGGAAUCCUCUUCGUAUCUGCAGGUCUCAGCAACAUCAUAGGCAUCAUUGUUUACAUAUCAGCCAACGCGGGGGACCCCUCUAAAAGCGACAGCAAGAAGAACAGCUACUCGUACGGCUGGAGCUUCUACUUCGGCGCGCUCUCCUUCAUCAUGGCCGAGAUGGUGGGCGUGCUGGCCGUGCACAUGUUCAUCGACCGGCACCGGGAGCUGCGGGUCGGGGCGCGCGCCGCCGACUACCUCCAGGGCUCGGCCAUCACCCGCAUCCCCAGCUACCGCUACCGCUACCGCCGCCGCUCGCGCUCCUCCUCCCGCUCCACGGACCCGUCGCACUCGCGCGACGCCUCGCCCGUGGGCCUCAAGGGCUUCGGGGCGCUGCCCUCCACCGAGAUCUCCAUGUACACGCUGAGCCGGAGCGGCGGAGGGGGAGGCGGAGGCGGAGGCGACACCCUCAAGGCCUCGCACGAGACGCCCACGGCCACCUACAACUCGGAGAGGGACCACAACUUCCUGCAGGUCCACAACUGCAUCCAGAAGGACCUGAAAGACUCGGCCAACGCCGCCAACCGACGCACCACGCCCGUAUGA